GGCUGAAUUUGCCGCGGAUUGUGUUUAUCAACAAACUCAACCCAACUCGGACGGCUGUAAACGCAGUGCGUAGCAGAAAAUCCGUUUGUUUUCAAUCGCGGCUGUCAAACGUCAAAAUCACACGGUGCAUUGUUGCGUGAAUCUAGUAAAAAAUCCGCCAAGGCGCAGGAAAUGCGUUUCGCAAGCGUUUGUGUCUGUUAUUAGAAUAUUUUGUAAGUUUCUACUAGUUUAUUCACCGGAACGACGAACGUGCUUUCGCGUGUGGGUCAGGUGGAAUGGGUGGUGUCGAUACGAGUGGCUGGAAACCGCGCCGUACGAAGGGUACCGUGAUCUACAAGACGCGCAACCAGUUUGCCUGGCUCGUGAUAGCGGCCGGCACUGCGGUCUUUGCUACGUACUACACUAUCGUUAGUUACAUCGGUGGCGACGAUCUGAAGCAGCGGAUGAGGAGAGAUUUCUACGAGAAGACGGAAGAGGAAAUUGAUCGGCGGAACUUGAUGCGAUUUAGUUUAAUCGCACCGAAGCGAGGUGAUACCAUACGAAAGCUUCUUGAAGACGAAAAAGAGGAGCAAGCGAAGAAGUAGAGAUGAGCAAACGAUUGAAGUUCGCGAAGCUAAGGCUUGCCAAACCGAACGAUGUCGGCGCACCACCACCGGGCGUAGUCCCAGCUGAAGUUUGCACAAACAGUACGGUGAGUGGUAAAACAUCCAAGUACUUUACAAAUGGGGUAGAAAAUCCUUGCGCCGAGGAAGAGACCUUCAUUAUGAUACACUCCGAAGAUUCUGGAGAGGAUAAUCAGCCAACCAAAGAGCAAAGCUCGCGACGAAGACCACAAAAAUCACCUAAUGCGUGUCCGAGCGAUGGCCCGAAGCUCCCCAAACUUCGAAAGAAAGCCUGCGAUGGUAACGCGCUGAUUAGUAAUUUCUUGCACUCGCAGCCACAUCAAACAGUGGAAGAAGGCGAAGAUGAUUUCGAGGAGUCAAAAUCAAGAAAGGGGUCCCAGACGAAGCAAACUAAAGUGCAGCGAGCCGCCAAGAAAACGACUACGAAAGCUCCAAAACGCUCGAAGAAUCAGAGCGACAUUAGGAAAGUGUUUAAAAAGUACAAGAACGACCAUGAGGUACUGCACGAGCUGCUGAAAGAGCAUAGCGCUUCUGAACAGAUCGAUCCGGAGCAGCUACAGAUUGCGCUCGCUAUGUCACGAUCGCUGGCCGAUCAGGAGGAAUGUAGCAGCAAUCCUACGACCAGCGGAGAAGCGCUGGGUACCGACUGUUCUGCAGCAAGCAGCUCUGGUUCGUCCGAAGAGCGUCGGAUCGUGAGCAUUCGUACCACGUUGGAGCAGUUUGGCUUCCGGUGUAAGAACAGCUACACUGAUUACGAUUUAAACGUUAUCUUUGGUAGUGCCUCGACUAAGAAUGUGAAAAGGAUCAAGCAUAAAAGGGCUACAAACCUGCUGCCAAGAAGUAGCGAAGAGUUGGCUGCUUUCAUUGACAGUCAAGCAAAGAAAUUAUUCCCUUUAGAAAUGAGGGAAAUGAAUGAAGGGCAAAGUACGUCUAGGGUGUGGGAUAGUAUUCAAUCUCAUUUAAACAAUCUGUUUUGGAUCGCACAAACGGAAUUGCCGAGUGAGCAGCUGAUGGAAAAGUAUUACGUGCCAGAGCUGUUGGAAGUAAAUCCAGCACCGGUGGGAUGCAUGUUGAAGGACUGGAGCAAAAUUCCUGGCCGUGAGAGCACACCGGACCGAGAAAAUGGUGCCAAGCCGGUGGAGGAUACUUGCACCCGAAUGAAUUCUCCUGAUUUGUUCAACGAUUCGGAAACGGGAGAUAAUGCGGAAGAUUGUGAUCCGAUCGAGGUGCAGUUACUUAGUGGGCCUUUUGUUGAAAAGACUGACCAGACGGAAAAUGAGGAUCGAAAUGCUGCGCUCGCAGAUAAUGUUGUAGUGAUUCUUUCUUCGAAUGAAUCGGGCGGCGUUAAGCUAGCCGAAGAUGCUGGUGUAUUGCAGGAUGAUGCGAAUGAGCAGUGCAUCGAUGCUAAACAGCAGGCCAUGGAAAGCAGUAAUCCAUCAACGUGCGAAACGGAUCAAAUCCCUGUCGAAGAAGAAAUCGUUAAAGAACGGACAGAAGUAGUUGAGCUCGACGACAAUACCGAAGAAGACGAAGAUAAGUUUGUUACUGCGUCAGAAAUGUCUCAAUGUCCGCCGCCCGCUUUCCAUCGGAGCUCGGAAAACAUCUUCGACGAUUCGGAUCCGAAUCCUAUGGUCAGCUUCGAAGUUUAUUCCAGUGAAGAAGAGAAGAUUUCUGCAGCAUCGCAAGUACCGGUGGGAACGACUUCAUCAAACGGUGACGUUGCAACGACGAACAAGGCGUCCGGGGACAUGGUGCAGAAGGAGCAAAGUGGCAAGUGCAAUAAACUUGAACAAAAUGAUGGCAAUUGUCUAAACAUGCCGGUAGGAGAAGAGACUGUGGAAAAAGACAGGAAUUCAUGCGCGAGGGAUGAAGUACGAUUCUCUGCGGAAAAGGACCUUUCAUUCCAUCGACUUGCUAUUAAAGUACGGCUUAGUGAGGCAAUGGAAGGCAUGGCCAGUACGGUAGAAACGGUUGAUUUGAUAGAGGAUGCUCCUGCUAUCGACAAACCGGCACCGAAUCUUGAGGAAAUGGGGGUGAACCGUCCAACGGAAACACAAUGCAGUCAGCUGAAUGGUACACAGGAUGACGAUGUGCUAUACAUUUCUGACGAUGAGGUGAAUUAUUCUAUCCGUGGGGAAUCGUCGAGAAUUCCAGCUCGAGGAGCAGAGUCAGCUGAUGAAGAGGAUUCUGAUCAACCAAGAGAGGAUCCUGACAUGACAAUCCACUACCACGUUGUUGAACCGUUCGAGCAAAGCAGAGAAAGUUUAAACGUUUCGCCUCCAACUUCUGAAUGUGUAUUGCCUGCGGAAGAAGAACCAGAAAUUGCAAUCAUUUCUUCGAACGACGAUGAAACGAUCGUUGGAGGUAUCAAUCAUGGAGAAAACACGUUCGCCUAUUUAGAUCACUUAGUGAAGGAGUUCAACUUACCCCCAUUAAAAUCGAAACAGAGUAUAAAAAACGGGUUAAGUAAAUCGGAAAUUGGAAGAUCUAACUCCCAGCCAAUUGUUGCGAGUGCUACACUGUCGCCUAAAGAGAGUAAUCAAGCAAUCGUCCUAGAAUCGUUUGGGACGGAAGUUACAGGCGAGAAGGAGGAAAACACGGAGACUCAUCGGGAUGUAGGGAAAGUCAGCAGUAAUCACGUACCUGAAAUAUCUGAUGAGUUAUGCAACUAUCUACACAAUUAUGAAGAGCCUAACUUCGACGAUCAUGCAAUAGAGGCCGAAAUGAUCGCAUCUCAAAGUCCUCUGAUCAGUAACGUUUCAGCUGGUGGUAAGGUUUUGGGUAGAGUCAAAUCCUGUACACAGUUUGAUUCGCCUAGCAAUCACACGGCUUUAAAACGAACCGUCUCUGAAACCAGGCUGCCUUCGUCUUCGACUCCGCAUGAAAAGGACGCCUCAAAACAAUCAAAGCGCGAUAAUUUUGGAAACAAAUUUAACGAGUUAGAAUCGGCUACCGUAGGCAUGGCUCCAACCGAGUAUGUGAUCAGCACUUCGCCCGAGAACCAGAAGCCUCCUGCGUAUGAAGACAUGUCAACGCCGGAAAUUGAACGUGAAUUGUUCAAGUACGGGUUGAAGGCAUUGCAGCGGAGUAAAGCUAUUCGAGUUCUGAACUAUUUAUUCGAUGCGAUGCAUCCAUAUGUGAUGUUGGUGGAAAGGGAGAACGAACGAAACGUGCCAGUAGCACCAAAAGAACACGCUCGUUGUACGGCCGAAGAGACCACCGAGCAGCAGCAAAAGCAGAUUUCAACACCAUGCAGUUCGAUUGCGUUAAAAACGCCUCGAAAAUGCGCCUUCAAGUUGGACCUAACGGUCACAGACUGCUUCCUGCCCUCGAAGCCACGCAAAAAGAUCGCUUGGUGUGCUGUUCCACUACACAUAGCUUUCUUCAAUCUAGUGGCGGAAAGCGAAUCCUUACAGCGGCAGAUACUGCGCUACGAGCCGAUUAAUCUGGACGACAUUUACGGGACGCUGAAAGAGGCUGGUAUGCGCUACGAAACUAAUGAUCUGAUUGCCUUUCUCGACAAGCAUUGCAUCACAUUCAGAACCGCAGCAUCCAGUGGAGAUCGAACGGCGAAAGGAAGGUCAAAGGAUGGCAACAAAUAAAUUAUCCGGUGGAAAGUCGUCAUGUAAACAGGUGAUCUGAUUUUCACAUUCAAUUGUACUAA